UGGAGGGAGAGAGUCCAAGCUGAGGUGAUUGACACACCGAGGAGGCGCAGUCAAUGAGGGAGCAAACCGAAAAGUAAACCGGUGUGAGUCCAAGACGCCCUCUGAACGCGAGGGUGGCGAGGAGGGACGAAGAGAAAUAUAUAAGACACAAAUCCCUCCCUGCGCUGACUAGGAAGAUAGGCGUCCGAUUGCACCGCAAAGAUGGGCAACCGGGGAAUGGAGGAUUUGAUUCCUCUGGUGAACCGUAUGCAGGAUGCCUUCUCCUCCAUCGGCCAGAACGCAAACCUGGACCUGCCGCAGAUCGCCGUGGUGGGCGGCCAGAGUGCGGGGAAGAGCUCGGUGCUGGAGAACUUCGUGGGCAAGGAUUUCCUUCCUCGUGGUUCUGGCAUUGUGACUCGUCGUCCUUUGGUUCUGCAGCUGAUGAAUUGUCCCACAGAGUAUGCAGAGUUUCUCCACUGUAAGGGCAAAAAGUUCAUAGAUUUUGAUGAGGUCCGGCAGGAGAUUGAGGCAGAGACUGACCGCAUCACUGGGGCCAACAAGGGCAUCUCCCCUGUUCCCAUCAACCUGCGUGUCUAUUCCCCUCAUGUGCUGAACCUCACCCUGGUGGACCUGCCAGGCAUGACCAAGGUGCCGGUGGGCGACCAACCUGCAGACAUCGAGUCCCAAAUCAGAGAAAUGCUGAUGCAGUUUGUCACCAAGGACAACUGUCUGAUGCUGGCCGUCUCCCCGGCCAACUCUGAUCUGGCCAACUCUGACGCUUUAAAGAUUGCCAAAGAGGUCGACCCUCAGGGUAUGAGGACCAUUGGUGUGAUCACCAAGUUGGACCUGAUGGACGAAGGGACAGAUGCUAAAGACAUCCUGGAGAAUAAGCUGCUUCCACUCAGGAGAGGUUACAUCGGUGUGGUGAACAGGAGCCAGAAGGACAUAGAUGGAAAGAAGGACAUUAAUGCUGCCAUGGCUGCUGAGAGGAAGUUCUUCCUCUCUCAUCCUGCGUAUAGACACCUGGCAGACCGUAUGGGCACUCCCUACCUCCAGAAAAUCCUCAAUCAGCAACUGACCAACCACAUCCGGGACACCCUGCCGGGUCUGCGAGCCAAGCUGCAGAGUCAGCUCCUCUCCAUAGAGAAGGAGGUGGAGGAGUACAAGAACUUCAGACCUGACGAUCCGUCUCGCAAGACCAAGGCUCUGCUCCAGAUGGUGCAGCAGUUCUCUGUGGAUUUUGAGAAGUGUAUAGAGGGCUCUGGGGACCAGAUUGACACGGCGGAGCUGUCAGGUGGUGCCAGGAUCAAUCGCAUCUUCCAUGAACGCUUCCCCUUUGAACUGGUCAAGAUGGAGUUCGAUGAGAAGGAGCUCCGCAAGGAGAUCAGCUACGCCAUCAAGAACAUUCACGGCAUCAGAACUGGCCUCUUCACCCCGGACAUGGCCUUUGAGACCAUUGUGAAAAGGCAGAUUGGGAAGAUUAAAGAGCCUUGCACCAAAUGUGUGGACAUGGUCAUUUCUGAGCUAGUCAAUACGGUUAGGCAGUGUACCAAGAAGCUGGCUCAAUAUCCCAUGUUGAGAGAGGAGAUGGAGAGAAUCGUCACCCAGCACAUCAGGGACAGAGAAAACCGCGCUAAGGACCAGGUGCUGCUGUUGAUAGACAUCGAGUUGUCCUACAUGAACACCAACCAUGAGGACUUUAUUGGAUUUGCCAACGCUCAGCAGAGGAUCAACCAAAUGAACAAGAAGAAGGCAGCCGGCAACCAGGAUGAAAUCAUGCCUGAGAGAGGAGUUAACGAUCGGUUCAAGGUGAUCAGGAAGGGCUGGCUGACCAUCAACAACAUCGGUAUCAUGAAGGGAGGGGCCAAGGAGUACUGGUUUGUCCUCACCGCCGAGUCUCUGUCCUGGUACAAGGAUGAUGAGGAGAAAGAGAAGAAGUACAUGCUGCAGGUGGACAACCUGAAGCUGCGCGAUGUGGAGAAGGGAUUCAUGUCCAGCAAGCACAUCUUCGCCCUCUUCAACACCGAACAGAGGAAUGUUUAUAAGGACUACCGUCAGCUGGAGCUGGCCUGUGAGAGUCAGGAAGAUGUCGAUGCAUGGAAGGCCUCCUUCCUCAGAGCUGGAGUUUAUCCUGAACGGGUCACGGACAAGGAAGGAAAGAGUGAUGGUGGUGAUGAAAGCAGCUCUGACAACUUCAUGCACAGCAUGGACCCUCAGCUGGAGCGGCAGGUGGAGACCAUCCGUAACCUGGUCGACUCCUACAUGGCCAUCGUCAACAAGACUGUCCGAGACUUGAUGCCUAAGACCAUCAUGCACCUCAUGAUCAACAAUACGAAGGAGUUCAUUAACGCCGAGCUGCUGGCUCAGCUGUACUCGUGCGGCGACCAGAACACGCUGAUGGAGGAGUCUCAGGAACAAGCCCAGCACCGUGACGAGAUGCUGCGGAUGUACUACGCCCUGCGAGAGGCCCUGAGCAUCAUCGGUGACAUCAGCACUACCACCGUAACCACUGCCAUGCCACCGCCUGUGGACGACUCCUGGCUGCAGGUGCAACGGGGCGGCUCCGGAGGAAGGUCUCCAGCCACCAGUCCAACUCCAAACCGCAGAGCUCCACCAGGACCUCCCGCCCGCCCAGGCUCACGUGGUCCUCCACCUGGACCCCCUCCCGCUGGGGGACCCCCUGUCCCAUCUCGUCCUGGAGCUUCUCCUGACCCUUACAGUGGGCCGCCACCCACCGUGCCCUCCCGGCCUAACCGCGCACCCCCAAGCGUGCCCAGAAUCACUAUCACUGACCAGUGAGGAAUAACGUUUCUGUCGGAGACCCCCACCCUCUCCAACCCACUAGACCUCUGAGCUCCUCCCUCCGUCCUCUUGUCCGCCCGUCCCUCCUCUGGAUAAGAGACUAUGGACAACAGCGCCACCUUCCUGUCAUUUCCUGCCUCACCUGACCUGAGCUGGCUCCCUUCUCCUGCUCCUCUACUUCUCCCUUACAACAAGCCAUGUCUCUGUUUCACUCCCCAACAAACCCUCUGUUCCACACGGAGAUGCAGAAUACUUGAAACACACCUGCAUGAUUUACAUACCAACAUGCUGCACCCUCAGAAUUUAAAUAAACUAUGUAGACAAUAUGAAAUAAUUGAUAGGAAACAACCUGGUGAGUGUAUGCGCACAUAUGCAUGCACACCUGCUUACAUAAAUACACACAUAUAUAUACAACAAGCAAACACACACAAGAUAUUUUUCCUCCUUUUAAGCCUAAGGGAGGAGACGUUUAGCAUGACACUUUGCCUGAGUAUAACAUUAUACUCCAGCAUUUCUUAUGGGUAUUCUGGCUGCUGACUGACGUAUUAUUCUCUUAUUUAACAUUUGUUUAAUCUUAUCUUUCUUUUAUGUUUUUUUCUGAUUUAUUCUUAUUUUUUCUAAAGGAAUACUUCACCAAAAAAUGUUAGGUUUUAUAUCACAGAAUUGCUCUGUAUUGCCUGUCAUGCUGAAGAAAAACAUUUUCAGCAGAGUUUUCAAAAGUGGAAGCUAUUUUUGAAGUAAAAAAAAAAAAAAAAAGACUCCAAACUGCAAAACAAUAUCAGAAAGUCCAUAACUAAUCCUUCAGUUAUGUUAGUGUCAGUGUUUUUUAAGACGCACUGAGCAAGGGGAUACCUGAGACUUGGUUAUUAUACUGCAUGAUGCAUGUUUUUAAAUUAAUUUCUACUUAUUAAAAAACUAUUUUUUUCCUCACAGCAUGUCAGACACAAAAUUUUGGUGGAGUAUUCCUUUAAGGGAGGCGAUGCAAGCUGAACUGGACUGGAUAUUGCAUCCCUGAAACUCUUGUGUUUUGUUUGUAACUGUUGUAUUCAGGUUUUGAUCUGUAAUUGUGGUCCCCCAAAAUCACAGGCGAGGACACACUGUAAUCACAUUGAAUCAGGUCCGCUUGUACUUGAGAACUAAACAUCCAAAGAGAAGAACUGUGCCAUUCAUACAGUCAGUAUUUAUCUUAGAUGUUGCGAUUUUUUUUUCAUCAUUACCAUCAUUAUGCAGAUAAACAUAAACACUUCCCUGGUGUCUCCUCACCUUUAUGAUUUCGGGGUUUCUCUUUUCAUCCCGUUCAUCGUGUAAGGUCUUCUGUUUUCUCUCUGUUUCUACUCUUUUCACCGAAACAGCCGGCCAAACAAGGGUGGGCCCUCUCGCCCUGAGAGCCCCUUGCCGCCAUUCGACUCUUAGAAGAAACCCCCCCACCCAAACCCCCCACCCACCUCCUCUUUUUUACCUCCUCUCUUCUAAAAUUCCAUUGCCCAUCAGCUGUGAAACAGACUGCACCAUCCAUCACUCACUCACUCACUCACACAAGGGAGGAGGGCUUAAAUGAAAUAAGAGGGGUAACAGACUCCUCAUCUUCAGAUAUCUGGACAGAUAGGGGAGCUGCUGCUCUUCAUCCUUGCUUUCCCUCUUCCUCCCUUUGCUGUAGGACAGGAGGAGUGAUCAUGUGACGGACUGUCUGGAUCCUUUUUUUUUUUCUUUUUCUUUUGCUUGUUGUAGCAUCCAGAUUGCCUCACUGCCACUAAAUCCACCUGUGUUUUCUCGGGUAAUCGAAUCACUUUGAGUGUAAUCUCACACAACUGUGACAAAACCAACUCUUCAAACGUUGUUGUCUGUGCUUCCACAGAACCUAUGCAACAAAGAAAAAUGGUUUCCCACUUUUCCCACUUCCCUCCUCUCCUCUUCACGAAAACAUUGUUACUGCAUUAUCUUACGGAGGCGGGAUCUAAGUUGAAAGUGCAAUAUAUAGGAUGUUCUUCUGCAGACAGCUGCAUGCCACCAGUCAAACAAGAGCCAAGUAGAUUUUCAACUAAGAGGAAGGGCAUCUGUGGCCUGGGCUGCACCCUGCGUUCCUUGUGCAUCCUUUUAAAGUUUUUAAGUCAGCUCUGUUCACACCAUGCAUCAAAAUCUUCUGAUAUACUGACAGGAAAACUUUUCAGGUUGAUAAUCUGCCAUGUCUUUUCUGUUUUUUCCUCCUUUUUUUUCUUUUCUUCCCUCUCUCAGUGGUCACGGGGGUGAGUGAGAACAUGAAAGCAGCCACAGUCUAUGCAUAAAACUAUCAAACGCUCCUUCUGUUUCACCUUCACUUUGCUGUGUGAGAGCCUGUGAGUCGAACCCAUCUUUUCACCUCUUUUUCCAUCCGCUGAACUCUGCUGUCAGUGUGUGAUGUGUUGUAUUUUGCCCCCAAACAAAAGAUGACAAAAACCCACCAGCCACAACAGAGCCCAUCUCUGUACCUCAAUUGAUGUAAUUUACAAACUACCUGAAACACUUUAGUCACCCCAUGAUGUAUCUUAGGACUCCACGACUGCAAAGCAAACACAAUAAAGCAUAUCCUACUCAUUAUUUAACGUUAAAUAGUUUAUUAUGGACAUAUCUUAAUGCGUUAUUCUGUAUAUGUGUGGUGCAUCUUAUGGGACUUGUACUUCCACUAUCUAGAGAAAUUAGUCUGCAAUGUAUGAAAUUGCUGAAUAUUUAAAUGAUUAUGAAUAAAUGAGUAUCUGUAUAAGGAAUUAAUAUUUGAAAAACUUACAAAAAAUAUAUUAAUGCAGUGAUGUAUAUGGACGUCUGCAGGUUGUUUGAUACUAUAGGUUGUAGGAGAGAGGGUUUUUUUUUCUUGUCUCUCUCUCUGUGUGUAGAAGAGCAGGGAGAUACAGUGUGAAUGUGUGAACUCCUGCAGAAACCAGGCCCUGCAUCUUGUUCAAACUGAUGUGGAUGAAAGGAUGACUUUACUCUGCAGGACUGCUGUGCUUUGUCAACACAUUAAAACCUCAGUGUACUGAAAGAA